UGUUUCCAAGAGAGCGACGUUGCUAGAGUCGACAAGACUCCGCUGGAGGAGUUUUGAGGAAUAGACGAGGCGAGAAGCGAGAAGGAGGUUGUUUGCGAUGCUUCAUUCAGUGUCCCGUACAAACAACCCCGUGCACAGCCCUGAUACAAUGGGGAAAGUAGAUCUUAUACAUUCGCAACGUAGCGACUGCCAAGUUGUGCGGCGCCCUUCAGGGCUGGGCGGCGAAAGGCCAUAUCGGCGCAGUGUCACCGUACGUUCCACCGUACAGGGGCGUAUCGCGAGAUAAGCUGUGACUUUGUCCAAUUACUUGUCUUGGGGAUGACAUGGCUGGCUGUCUGCGAGCGGUUGAUCUUUGCAACAAAUUGUGGAUAUCAAUGGCGGCAGAUGCAAUUGAGUUUGACACGCCUCAGCCUCCGUCUCAUAAGACUCGUGGUGUGCAUGUGGCUACCCUAUCCAUAACUCUGCUUUGCUUUUUACCCGGCAAACUUGAGUUCAUGGAUAGUCAGUCAAAGGCCUGUAAUUUCUGUGUCGAGGACGACGCUGGCACUUGUUUCAGUGAUUCUUCUUUACUCCUUCGAAGCAUUCGAAUCGUCUUUCUGCGACACUCACGGUUCGCAUGCGCGUGUCUCAGGGCCAUGGCCCACCCUCCCUAUGCUGCUCCGCGAAAGGGUGGAUAUCGAAAUUUCGGCAAGAGCUACCCCAAGCCGCGUUUUGCCAAGUCCAUCUCCAAGUUUGACGACUUGGCCGUCCAGUCAAGGGACGAGAUUCGAACACCAGGAUUCAAAAGUACCCUGCCAGUCACCAAUCGAACAUGCCCUACGUGUAAGGUUGCACCAUCGAAGGAUUGCUCUGGAGUAUUGUGGCUGCUCAUGUCGCUUGCUAUUGGGAAAGCACAUUUCGCUCCCACCAUCAGAUCGAUUUCGCUUUCGCUUCGGGAGGUCCGACGAUGACGCGCGCGGGCUGGCAGAUUGAGGCUGUGUAGAAAUUUCGAGCAAGUCCAAGGUUGAUUGAAACCAAACCCGUUGUGUUGAU